GUGAAGGUGAGUGAGGCGGUCUGUAAUGUUUUCCUGGAUCACAUCAGCUGUGCGCUGUUUAGUUCCAGCACAACUCUGCCGCUCAUAGCUCACAGUGACAGACUCAGAGUGAAUGAAGGAGGCCAGCAGGUGAAGGUAGAAAGUGUGUGUGAGCUGACGUCAAUUCAGCAGCAUGUAUCAGUGUGAGGACAGAGAGGAGGGAGCCCCUCCAUCUAAAACCACUCUGUGUGGGGAACAUGAGAGCCAGACCAAAGCUCAGAGGAACCAACCUGGAGCUGAACCCAGCUGUUUAUCCUUAAAAAGCAGUGAUUCAAAGGAAGUUGUGAUUAAUUUCAGACAAAAAAGUUCCUUUGGUAAAAUGAUUCAUCAAAGACCAGACGCACGUGGACAUGAAUAUAAAGAUGAAUCCAGCAAUGUCUCCUUUAAGAGCAAUAAUUCAAGGAAACAGCCUACUGAUUUUAAAGAUGAACAGGCUAAUUCUGUAAACUUGGACCAGGAGAGCUCAGAGGUACCCAGUGGGCAAUCUGCACAUCUGUGUCAAACACACUUGGAGUCAAUAUUUAUGCUCGUGGAGGACAACAUCAUCUCUUUUGUGAAGAAACAACUGAAGGAGCUACAGAAGGUUUUACAUGCAGAUUUUCCAGAAUACUUAGAAAGUCAGAGCAAGGAUGAAGAGAUGCUGGAGGCUGAGGUUAAAGAGCAGAGGGAAAACAGCAGAGAGGCUUUUGUGAAGAUUACACUGCACUUCCUGAGGAAAAUUAAGCAAGAGGAACUUGCUGAUAGUCUGCAAAACAAAAUCUUUGCUCGACGUUAUCAAUAUGAACUUAAAUCUCACCUAAAAAAGAAAUUUGGGUGUGUGUUUGAGGGGAUCGCUAAAACAGGAAAUCCAACCCUUCUGAAUCAGAUCUACACAGAGCUCUACAUCACAGAGGGAGGGACUGGAAAUGUGAAUGCCAAACAUGAGAUCAGACAGAUUGAAACAGCAUCCAGGAGACUACACAAAAAAGAAACAACAAUUAGACAAGAAGACAUCUUUAAAGCCCCACCUGGAAGAGAUAAACCAAUCAGAACAGUCCUGACAAAGGGAGUGGCUGGGAUUGGGAAAACAGUCUUAACACAGAAGUUCACGCUAGACUGGGCUGAAAAAAAAGCUAACCAGAACUUUCAGUUCAUAUUUCCAUUUGCAUUCAGAGAACUGAAUGUCCUUAAAGAGAACAAGUUUAGUUUGGUGGAACUUGUUAAUCUCUUCUUUAGUGAAAUCAGAGAAGUAAGAAUCUGCAGCUUUGAGGACUUCCAGGUUUUGUUUAUCUUUGAUGGUCUGGAUGAGUGCCGACUUCCUCUGGAUUUCCACAACACUGAGCUCAUAACUGACCCUAGAAAGUCCACCUCAGUGGAUGCGCUGCUGAUAAACCUCAUCAAGGGGAACCUGCUUCCCUCUGCUCAGCUCUGGAUAACCACACGACCUGCAGCAGCCAAUCAGAUCCCUGCUGAGUGUGUGGACAUGGUGACAGAGGUCAGGGGGUUCACUGACCCACAGAAGGAGGAGUACUUCAGGAAGAGAUCUAGAGAUGAGAAGCAGGCCAGCAGGAUCAUCUCCCAUAUCAAGACAUCACGAAGCCUCCACAUCAUGUGCCACAUCCCAGUCUUCUGCUGGAUCACUGCUACAGUUCUGGAGGAUGUGCUAAAAACCAGAGAGGGAGGACAGCUGCCAAAGACCUUGACUGAUAUGUACAUCCACUUCCUGGUGGUUCAGACAAAAGUGAAGAAGUUCAAGUAUGAUGGAGGAGCUGAGACAGAUCCACACUGGAGUCCAGAGAGCAGGAAGAUGGUUGAGUCUCUGGGAAAACUGGCUUUUGAUCAGCUGCAGAAAGACAACCUGAUCUUCUAUGAAUCAGACCUGACAGAGUGUGGCAUCGAUAUCACAGCAGCCUCAGUGUACUCAGGAGUGUUCACACAGAUCUUUAGAGAGGAGAGAGGACUGUACCAGGACAAGGUGUUCUGCUUCAUCCAUCUGAGUGUUCAGGAGUUUUUGGCUGCUCUUCAUGUCCAUCUGACCUUCAUCAACACUGGAGUCAAUCUGCUGGAAGAGGAACAAAACACCUCCAGGAACUUUGAAACAAGACAACAUACAGGGUCUCAAUUCUAUGAGAGUGCUGUCGAAAAGGCCUUACAGAGUCCAAAUGGAUUACUGGACUUGUUUCUUCGCUUCCUCCUGGGUCUUUCACUGCAGUCCAAUCAGAACCUCCUACAAGGUCUUCUGACACAGACAGGAAAUGGCUCACAGAUCAAUCAGGAAACUGUCCAGUACAUCAAGAAGAAGCUCAAUGAGAAUCUGUCUGUAGAGAAAAGCAUCAACCUGUUCCACUGUCUAAAUGAGCUGAAUGAUCGUGCCAUAGUGGAGAAGAUCCAACAGUCUUUGAGUUCAGAACAAUUCUCCACAGAUGAGCUGUCUCCUGCUCAGUGGUCAGCUCUGGUUUUCAUCUUACUGUCGUCAGAAGAAGACCUUGAGGUUUUUGACUUGAAGAAAUAUUCUGCUUCAGAGGAUGCUCUUCUGAGGCUGCUGCCAGUGGUCAAAGCUUCUCAAAAAGCUCUGCUAAAUAGCUGUAACCUGUCAGAAAGAAGCUGUGAAGCUCUGUCCUCUGUGCUUAAAAUGGAGGACUGUGAAUUGACAGCUAUAGAUCUGAGUAACAACAACCUGCGGGACUCAGGAGUGAAGUUGAUAUCUGCUGGACUGAAGCAUCCACACAUUACACUGAAAACUAUCAGACUGAGUGGCUGUGACCUAUCACAGAGAAGCUGUGAAAUUAUAUCCUCCAUUCUCAGUUCCCAGUUCUGUAGUCUAAUUGAGCUGGACUUGAGUAACAAUGACCUGGCAAAAUCAGGAGUGAAAGUGUUGUCUUCUGGAUUAGGAAGUCUUCACUGUAAACUAGAAACACUCAGGUUGUCAGGUUGUUUGAUCACAGACGAAGCUUGUGGUUUUCUCAUCUCAGCUCUGAGCUCCAACCCUUCUUAUCUGAGGGAGCUGGACCUGAGCUACAAUCAUCCAGGACAGGAACAAGUAAAGCAGCUGUCCGCUAUACUGAAGGAUCCAUCCUGGGGACUCCACACUCUUAGGGUGGAGCCUGCUGGAGUACGAUGGUUCUUAAUACUCACAAUCGACACAAACACAGUACACACAAACCUCCAACUGUCUGACAACAACAGGAAGGUGAUGUUUGUGUGGGAGGGUCUUCCAUAUCCCGAUCAUCCAGACAGAUUUGAUUGCAUCUGUCCUCAACUGCUGUGCAGAAAUGGUCUGACUGGUCGUUGUUACUGGGAGGUCGAAUGGAGAGGAGGAGUUUAUAUAUCAGUGAGUUACAGAACAAUCAGAAGGAAGGGGAGGACAGGCUGUGUGUUUGGAAAAAAUGAUCAGUCCUGGAGCCUGAGCUGCUCUGAUUAUUGUGGUUACUCUGCGUGGCACAAUAAGCAAAAAACAUCCAUUUCCUCCUCCUCUGUCUCUAAGAGAGUAGCAGUGUAUGUGGACUGUCCUGCUGGCACUCUGUCCUUCUACAGAGUCUCUAACACUCUGAUCCACCUCCACACCUUCAACACCACAUUCACUGAACCUCUUUAUCCUGGGUUUACGGUCUCAUUUGGUUCUUCAGUGUGUCUGUGUGUAGUUUAGUAUGAAUAGUCUUGUUGAACAUUUCAGUCGGUACAUGUCUGUCUCUCACAGUCAAAAACAUGUUUUCAGAUUCAUGGAUUCAAUCAGUUGAUGGUUUAAAUGAUGAUGGAAACUUCAGUUAUUGAAAAAUGGAAUCUAUUAUUAUCCCAGGAUUCUUUUUUUUGUAUGUUAUGUUUCUCUGAAGUUUAGUUCAGCUCAUAAUGUUUAUAUGAUACCUCUUCAUUAAAUAACCGUAAUAAUAGCAUCAAAAUUUGGAGACAAAGCUUCUGAAGUAUAACAUUGUUAUUCAGAUUUAUAAAGAAGUAAAUUUCAUGAUACUGCAUCAGUGACCCAGUAUUUGUGUUUUUCUGAUUUCAUUUAUAAUGUGGGAUUUAGUAUUAUUUAUGGUUCAGUUUCCUUGUUUGUCCUACUUGUUCCAGUAGUGUUCCUAGUUUAGUCACUUGUAUUUCUGGUUUUGAGUUUUUUAUCUAGUCUGUUUCACUUUUUGCCUCCAUGCAUGUUAAGUACUGUUUCCAUGUUUAUUAUUGUCUCCCGAGUCACUGUGCUUGCAUGUCUUGAGUCUGAGUUUAUGUAUAUUUCCUGUUUUAUUUUGAUAGUGCUUUGCCCUGUCUUCAUUUUUGCUUCCUUCCUGUCUCAUUGUGUCUGAUUAGUCCCAGCUGUGUUUCCCUCCUGUUCCUCAUUCCCUCCUUAUCCUUUGUGUAUUUGAGUCCUCUGUUUCCCUGGCCCGUCGUCAUGUCGUCCCACUAGCUGUGUGUUUCUCCGUGUUCCUCGGUUUCCUCGCAACUACUAGUUUUGGAUUUUGUUUCUUAUAUCCUGAAUUAAAUUUUUUCCACAGCGCAAUAAAGCUGCCUCCCUAAGUUCA